AUGUCUAAAUCUUCUAAUUACACUGAGGAGCAGUUGCAAAGAGCUGUUGAUGUGUACAAAAGCAAUUCAAAAUUAAAAAUCACAUCUCUGUCGCCAGAAUUCAAAGUCCCAUAUGCCACCUUGUAUGGGAGGAUCAACGGGAAGAAAUCAAGGACUAUGAGGGUUCCACUGAAUAGAGCAUUGAAUGACAGCCAGGAGGAGGCAAUUAAGAUAUGGAUUCAUCAGUUGGAUAUUAAUUUUAGCCCGCCCACCAUCGAGCAUAUCGAAGCCGCCGCGAACCGCAUGUUGAGACAGCAUCAUACAGAUCCAGAGACCGCACCUCCCACAGUAAGCAAGAUGUGGGCAUAUCGAUUCAUCAAACGCCUGCCAGAUUACGAACGGGUCAAGCAAAAGCCCAUGAAUCCAAAACGGGUAUCUUGCGAGGAUAUAAGCUUCAUUAUCAACUGGUUUGAUCGAUAUGAAGCUGUCUUCAAUCAAUAUCACUUUUUCCCCUGCGAUAUCUACAACUUUGAUGAGAUUGGAUUUCAAGAAGGAGAAGGAUGUGGACAUGCAGAUGGCACAGUAUUGGAUCCAUUGAUUAUAAUGAAAUCGAAGGUCCAUCUAGAGGAUUGGUAUACACACUCCAACUUACCUGACAACUACGCCAUCACCGCAUCCGAGUCUGGCUUUACAAAUGAUGAGAUUGGAUUUGAAUGGAUCAAGCGGUUCAAUAAGAUGACAAAAAAGCGUCAAAUGGGCAGUCAUCGACUGCUAUUAAUGGACAAUCAUGGUUCUCAUCUCACAGAAGAAUUCAUCCAAUACUGCGACCUCCAUAAGAUUAUUCUAUUCGGAUUCCCAUCUCAUACAAGUCAUAUUCUACAACCUCUUGAUGGCGUACCUUUUCAGCAGUAUAAGCAUUAUCAUACAAAGGCAGUUAAUGAGGCCGCCCGCUACGGAUAUGAGCAGUAUGGUGGCAGACAAUUCCUUGCUAAUCUGGAGAGCGUCCGACUGCAAGCAUUCAAACCUGGCACUGUGAGAGCUGGCUUUGCCGACCGCGGAAUGUAUCCAGUUAAUCGCGAUAUAAUUCUCAAUCGAUUGAGACCUCUUACCAUUGAUGAUGCCCCGGAUCUCAACAUAUACGAUGGCGAUGGUGAUGUAUGCAAUCACUUUACCCCGCCGCCUGCAGAUCGACCGUCAACUGCCUCUUUGCAAUUAACCUCCCCAGAGACAGUUGCAAAACUACAUCGCCAAAUCGAUGCAGCAGCCAAGGCCUUACAAGAUGUGAAGGAUACCCUUACACCUGGUUUGACAAGGCGGUUGGACAAGAUCUUCAAGGGUAGCAUGGUCCAGGCGGAAUUGAACGCGCACCGUGAGGGUGAACUUGCAGGUCAUUAUCGAGCAAAUAGACGUCGGGUCGUCAAAUCCUCCCGCAGGCAGGUGCAAGUAGGCGGAGUCCUCACUAUUAAGGAUGCCAAUCGCAAGAUCGCGACCCGUAGAGCAGAUGAGAUGAAAAAGACGUUCAAUAAGAAUCUUCAGUCGAUUGGAAUCAAACCUACAAAAUCUACAGCCACUCAACCACAACAAGAUAAUUCUAUAGAAUCUCAACCUACAGUGGAUUCUACACCUUCUAAUGAAUAG